AUGUACCUGGAAGAUUCUGUGCAGUUAAGUGGGCCGGCACCUACAUCCACACAAAGCAAAUGCCAAUAUGUGACCUCAGCAUGCCAAGGUGUGCCAGCAGCCUUCUUCAUUUCCAUUUCCUUCACUCGAGCUUCAUUCAUGUCUAGCUGGCAUUUGUUAUUCAUCGGGAGCAAUUUGAAGAAGCAGAGUGAAGGGAGCAAUCUGACCCCUGCACAUCACUACCCAGACUUCAGAUUUAAGACAUAUGCUCCACUGGCCUUCCGAUACUUCAGAGAACUUUUUGGUAUCAAGCCUGAUGAUUACUUGUAUUCCAUCUGCAGUGAACCUCUAAUAGAGCUGUCUAACCCUGGAGCCAGUGGAUCCUUGUUUUUUGUGACUAGUGAUGAUGAAUUUAUCAUCAAAACAGUUCAGCAUAAAGAAGCUGAGUUCCUUCAGAAGCUACUGCCAGGCUAUUACAUGUUCCAUGCAGAUGAGACUUAUAAGCCAUUUGGGUUAACUGGCUUCUUGGGUCUUUUUCUUCUUCAGGUGCUGGAAAGCUUCAAGAUCAUGGACUACAGCCUUUUGCUGGGAAUCCACAUCUUGGACCAUUCCCUUAAAGACAAAGAGGAGGAGAGCUCACAAAAUGUGCCUGAUCCAAAGCGGCCUGGGAUGCAGAAAGUUCUCUAUUCAACAGCCAUGGAAUCCAUCCAAGGUCCGGGGAAAUCUGGAGAUGGGAUCAUCGCAGAGAACCCAGACACAAUGGGAGGCAUUCCAGCUAAAAGCCAUAAAGGAGAAAAACUACUUUUAUUUAUGGGCAUUAUUGACAUUCUACAAUCAUACAGGUUAAUGAAGAAGUUAGAACACUCCUGGAAAGCUCUUGUUUAUGAUGGCGACACCGUUUCAGUUCAUAGACCAAGUUUUUAUGCAGACAGAUUUCUGAAGUUUAUGAAUUCCAGAGUUUUCAAGAAAAUUCAAGCCCUGGGAUCCCGACACAGGCCAGACCUGGUGCCCAGCACUCCAUCACUAUUUGAAGCUGCUUCCUUGACAACCACAAUUUCAUCUUCUUCCUUGUAUGUCAGUGAACAUUAUGCACACGACAGGACUACGCUUUAUUCAAACAGCAAAGGGUUACCUUCCAGUUCGACCUUUACCUUAGAAGAGGGGACCAUCUACUUGACUGCUGAGCCCAACGCUCUGGAAAUGCAGGACGAUAAUGCCUCCGUGCUUGAUGUCUAUUUAUAAGUGACAAUGGUAACCACCCAAGCACGUGGAUGAGACCCGAAUACAGUUGUUGGAGAGAAGUUUCUUCACUCCAGAAUUCUCCAAAGGAACUUGGCUGAGCCCCAUUACACAUGGAGUUAAAAUCAACUGGACUGAGAUGUUUGCAAGAUGUCAGGGGAGCCUUGGUCCAAGGCUGAUCAGCUGAUGGGAUGUGAGAAAUACCACACUAUUCUGUCAUUUGCUGUUGCUUGCCAACUGUGAAGAACUGCAUGAACAAUGUUUAAGCUGCUUUCUCUACCAUUGCCAGUCACUUUUUUGGACUUGAAAGUGCUAUUUUCCUACGGACUCUUGCAUUAUUUCCAUUUUGCAUGCACCCAGUUAUUAUCCAUAAGCAACAUAUAUAAUCUGCUUAUAUAUUUUUAAAAAAUUUAUCCAUGUGAAAUGAUAAAAUAUAAAUUCUUCUCUUUUUUGCAAAAUUAUAAUCAUAGCCUAUGUCUUUGAAAGUUUAAAUUCGUUCGAUUUAAAGAUCAGUGUAAUAGGUCUGCCUAUACUUUAUAGAAAACUAGCUUCUAUAAAUAUUUUUUCACUGUUUACUAGUGAAAUGAGAAAAGCCAAGCUAUUUAUAAAAGGCCUUAUGUUGUGUAUAUACAUUGUCUUUGAAAUAUUUGUGAUUUAGUUUAUUGCUUGUAAAAGAGAAAUUAUAUAAUUUAUUUAGUAAAUACUACUGUAAACUAUAGUUUUAUUGAAAGAAAUAAAAUAUUUUGUUCUCAA